AUGGAUAGUAUCCCACAAUUUCGGCUGCAAGAAACAGAAAUAAAAUCGCUGGUGGAUGAACUACGUGUCAAGGAUGUCAAUAAAGCUGGUCCAGGACAAAUUUUGCUGGACUUUGAAGGACCAAAUAUGCAACAAAAGAAGGCCUUGAAACUGUUCAAAUAUGUGGAUCCAAAACUGCUCGAGAAAGAGACAUACAGGAGGUUCGCGAAGCUCACCGAAUUUUUCGAGCCACAGACCGGGAUCGCCGAAAAAGAAACUCAGGCGAAGAAAAAAGCAGUGGAUGAAUUCAUUGAGUCACUCCUAAACACUACGGUAUGGAGGCGUCUAUAUGAAUUUUUGAACAAAAAAGGUCAUCCAUUUGCGAAAACACUGGACACAUUCCGUCACUGGAUCAGGCAACUCUGGUUUGCGCAAUAUUCACGAGCGAAGGGCAUCCCUGAUACAUCCGGGUUUGAGCACAUCUUCAUGGGCGAGUUCAAAAAAGGUGAAGUCAGUGGUAUGCACUCAUGGCUGCGAUUUUUCUUGCUCGAACGGAAUGCGUCGCAACAGCUUCAUUAUCUUGGCUUCAGCACUAGACGAGCUAAUGUAAUGGCCACAGUGAAAUUCACAUGGAAAAAUAAUUUGAAGCCGAGUGGGUCAUUUUUCAUCGGAAGCAGUCCGGAGUUCGAAAUGGCGGUCGACACGCUUUGCUUCCUUAGCUCUCGGCCCCGUGGUCCAUGCAAAUUCGAACUGGAACAGUGCCCAUUCUCGAUGACCAGUUAUGAUUUGAUCCAGAAAGAGAAACUUUACAUUGGCACGAUUUAUCCCACUGCUGGAAAGAUGACCGACACGUGUCGUCGAUGUAACAUGAAUGGUACCAAGAACUGUAUGUGA